AUUUCUCCUUAUUAUAGAUAAGAAAUCCCUAAGCCUCAGGAUUUCCUUACAUAGACGAUACCCUUUACUGUGCCAUAGCACAUGGAUUUCAGGACUAGCUGUGAAGAGACAAAGACAGGAAUUUGUUUGCUGCAGGAUGGUAAUCAGGAGCCUUUCAAAGUGCGACUGCACCUAGCCAAAGAUAUUUUGAUGAUCCAGGAGCAGGAUGUGAUAUGUGUGUCUGGCGAGCCUUUCUAUUCUGGUGAAAGAACGGUGACCAUUAGAAGACAAACUGUAGGAGGAUUUGGAUUAAGCAUAAAGGGAGGAGCAGAACAUAACAUUCCAGUUGUAAUUUCAAAAAUUUCCAAAGAACAAAGAGCGGAACUUUCUGGACUGCUCUUUAUAGGGGAUGCCAUUCUUCAGAUUAAUGGAAUUAAUGUGAGAAAAUGCAGACAUGAAGAAGUGGUUCAGGUUCUUCGGAAUGCAGGUGAAGAAGUGACCCUAACUGUGUCAUUCCUAAAAAGAGCACCUGCUUUCCUCAAACUGCUGCUGAAUGAAGAUUGUGCAUGUGCUCCAAGUGACCAGAGCAGUGGCACAUCUUCUCCCCUUUGUGACAGCGGUUUGCAUCUCAACUACCAUCCUACCAACACGGAUACUCUAUCAUGCUCUUCAUGGCCAACCUCACCAGGUCUGAGAUGGGAAAAGAGAUGGUGUGACCUUCGAUUAAUCCCCUUACUUCAUUCACGUUUCCAGUACCUCCCUGGAUCAGAUUUGUGUAGGCAGAAUGCUUUUCAAGUAAUUGCUGUGGAUGGGGUUUGUAGUGGAAUAAUUCAGUGUCUCUCUGCUGAAGACUGCAUUGAUUGGCUACAAGCAAUAGCAACAAAUAUUUCAAACCUCACAAAGCACAAUAUUAAAAAAAUCAACAGGAACUUCCCUGUAAACCAGCAGAUAGUCUACAUGGGCUGGACUGAAGAACGAGAACAAGAUUCCCUUCAAGAUCGGAAGUAUACACCAAAGUUUUUAGCACUGAGAGGCUCUUCUCUUUAUAAAUUUCUGGCACCUCCAGUAACCACUUGGGACUGGACAAGAGCAGAAAAAACGUUCUCAGUUUAUGAGAUUAUGUUUAAAAUCUUCAAGGACAGUGAUCUGCUGGACCGUCGGAAACACUGCUUUGGUGUCCAAUCAGAAACUGGAGAGGACCUCUAUUUUUCAGUAGAGUUAGAGUGUGACCUAGCCCAAUGGGAGAAAGCUUUCCAAACAGCAACUUUUUUAGAAGUUGAAAGGAUACAGUGCAAGACCUAUGCCUGUGUACUGGAAAGUCAUCUAAUGGGACUAACUAUUGACUUUAGUAUGGGAUUUGUCUGCUUUGAUGCUGCAACAAAGGCUGUACUUUGGAGGUACAAGUUUUCUCAGCUUAAAGGUUCUUCAGAUGAUGGCAAAAGCAAAAUCAAAUUUUUGUUUCAGAAUCCAGAUACUAAGCAGAUUGAAGCAAAGGAGCUGGAGUUUUCCAAUCUGUUUGCUGUUCUCCAUUGCAUUCAUUCCUUCUUUGCUGCCAAAGUUGCUUGUUUGGACCCUCUAUAUUUAGGCAAUCAGGCCUCUGCCUCUGCUUCUACUUCUGCUUCCUCUGCUGCUACUGGAAAAGUAAAAUACACAACCUGACACCCCACACUUCAUACUGCCACAAAUACACAAACUGUGUACAAAUGUUCAUCACUACUAGACCCCAGAAAAACCACAAAUUCCCCAGUUCAACAGACAAAUCCAUACUGCAGUUUUGGCAGAAGGAAACAUCACAAUGGAUCACAAACUCCUUUCAGUUCUGCAAGACAUCUGUAAAUAACCCUAGCUGAAAACCAACCAUAGGAUGGAUAUGCUUUUGUACAUGACCUAUUUGUACAAAGCUACUGCUUUAAGCAAAAGUAGAGACAAAAGAAUUAAUGAUAUGAAGAAACACUUACAUAUCCAAUAAAAUUUUCAACUGCCCAUAAGAAACUACAAAUGGAAUGGUCAUUUUCUUGUUUCCAGGUUAUUUUCUAUGACAAUGUGCUAGGCUUUGAGCCUGAAUUACUACCCCAUCUGUGUAUUAUAAGUGACAUAAAGCAAGCAAGAAACAGACAGACCCCUAUGGCCACAAAGAGACUCGCAUGAAAGACAUUUGUCUAAGUAUCUCCUCAAAGAAGAAAGCACUUUAAUUCUUAUAAGUUUUUACCUGUACCCCACCUCAUAUAUGUAAUACUGUCAUUCUGCCCUCAUUGUUUUAUCUUUAGUCAUUUUAAUCCACUUGUAAAGAGGUAACCAUGCCGACUCAUCACAGACAAAAUGAGAAAUGGUCUCCUCCCAUCUUGGAUCAUUGCUGUAAAAGCUUUCCAGACAUAGGCCUUAAUGCCGAUUGAAAAUGAAAACCAGAUGUUAUUUUAAUUAUGACUGAUGCAAAUGGGUUUGGUAGCUCCUUUAUUUGUAUCUUCAUUGUGGGGAAACUUAUUUUUAAUCUAAUGUGUUUAAUUGACUUAGCUGGGGUAGUGUAGCACCUGUGACCUAAGGAAAUUUUCAUUAGGAAAUAGGCUAGAACACAUGAGAGAGAACAGGUGAGGGAAGUCCCUAUUACUCAUUUUUGAUUAAUUAAUCAGGUACUCAAAUUCCCCUAGAAAACACUCUUAUAGGCAAGGAUUUGUUAGUUCAAUGGCAUGACUACUUCAUAAUGCCACUAUUAAAGGAAAAAGAAAUAAGUAAGCUAUGAAGAUAGAACAACAUUUCACUCUCUGAAGAUUGUGUCUUUCUCAUCAUACAAAAAUGUAUUUUAUAUUCUUGAUGUUUUGACUCGUGGUGAAUGUAAAAUGGAGAAGCUGUAAAUUGGGAAUUGUCAGUGCUUCUUCCAUUGGUCAGACUUCAAAGAUACACUACUUGAAUACCCUGGGCCAUGUUCUUGUUCCUAAGAUAUGGCUUUAAUAGGAGUUUCAUAUGAAUAUUCAAACCCCACCCCCAUUUUUUAAAAAUUGAUUUUGCAUAUGAAUAUGACCAAAUAUUUGGUGUUACUUUGUGUGUGGGACCUAAUAUUGAAAAAAAGAUGGAUAGCCUUUUCCUUUAAGCAAGAAUAGCUCCCUUAAAAGGGACCUAUUAUUUAGAAAGAGAGCACAUGAAUGCUAUAUUCUUAUUCUAUUGUUUCCGUGGAUUUUAUGAAUACGAGUAACCAGUCAUCGUUUCCUAUUACUUAUUCCUGAAUGGUUCUCAAAUGUGCUGAAUCAAAAACAUUUCUAAGGACCAAGAAGAACCAGAAAAGAAAGUGGGAUUUUCCAAUUUUAAAGGAUUUCCUUGUAACAAAUUUAUUUCAUAAUGUCACUAAAUCCAAUAGUCAAUUAUUGCUUACCAGAUAAGGGUGAGCUUUGCUUUCAGUUUUUUAAUAUUGUUUUUAAACCACUCUGCCUUAGCUCUUUGAAGAUUUGAGUCUAAUAAUAGUAUUCUGAGUGUAUUUGGAAUGUAUUUCUUAAAUGAUAUGUGGUCAAAAUGCUUUGAAUCUUGAAGGACUUAUGCUAUGAAAAUAUUUGCCAAAUAUGUGGUUAUAGUUUCUUGUACAUAUGUAAAGUGUGCAAAUUUAACUUCCCAAUACAUUUGUGAGAAAGCAUUCCUUUCCAAAGGGUCUAAAUGUGAAAUAAUCAUAGUUUAAUGAAAUUUUAGCUGGAAAACAUCUUUUGAAUUAUUGAGAAGGAAUAACCUUUAUUAAUAAUCCAAUUUUAAUUUGUUAUGUUUUCUUCUGUAACUCUUUUUAUUAGUAUUAAUUCUGGAUGAUCAUAAUAUUUAAAUUAUAUAGCACAUGUCCAUGGUGUGAGAUGGGGGCACUCUCUGCAUAGUACAACCAUUUGGGAAUUAAACAGUUUAUUUUAAUGUUAUCAGGUAGCUGAGUAAUGGUUUGCUGAUUUGAUCUUAACCUAAAUACUUGGUUAUAAUUUUUUUUUUGCAUUUUAUUUUUUUGAUGUUUUGGAGAGCAGAUCAGUUUACCAUUCACAAUACAAUUGAAUUAUAGAUGGCCAGCCUGGGAAAUUUUGUAGACUCGGCCUCAGGAAGAAGUUAUUAUUUCAGUUUUAAAAACUGAUAUAGACAUAUGUCUAUAUUUAUUAAUAUAUUUUUUUUCCAUCUGCAAACUCAGAAUGAUAUCUUGUAACCUAGGUAUAUUGGUAAUAUUUGAUACAAAGAAAGUAAAAGGUUUUGAAUGCCAACAGUUUUAAAAGUUUCUUCAAAUUAUUUAAAGCUGUGGUCUAGAAAAUUACUUUUUCCCCCAAGAUAAUAAGUAAUCAAAAUUAAAAAUGCAACAGAAUGAAAAAAAAUUUUAUAAGGUAUUAUUUAUCCCCUACUAUAGUAGAUUUCAAAGAAUCAUUGAGUAAGUAUAAAACUGUUAUGAAGGCUACAUUUUUUUUCUUUUUUUGGGGGGUCAAGGUGGAGCAGGGAGUACACUUACAUUUUUUUCUUUUUACUAAUUAUGGUGACAUCCAACUUGAAAAAGAAAGUCAAAUCAAAUAUUUUCAUAUUUGUGUUAAAUAGGGUCAGAUUCUCCAUUUGUAUAAUUCUAGAGAAAACUUCCUCUAAGGAUAGAAGCUCUAAGAUGUGAGAGGUUUAUGAAAUGCCAGAUAAUGAGGCAGAGGAGGGCUGGGAUCCCUACAGGAUCUCAAGAAGCAAUUGUUAAAUUUUCAAUGUGAGCAUUUAGACAUAAGGAAUCACCAAAUGAUACAAAAAGGGGCUUGAUUUACUGUUUUCUUCAUUAAGAAACCAAUGGAGAUGAUGUUAAUAAUUCAGAUUAAAUUGUGUCCUGUGUGUACUUUUUUGGAGAGCCAGUUGUUAAGUGUUGACCGGCAAACUGCUUUAGUGAGGUUCAUACUAAUAGAGGCUCUAGGAUUUCAAGGUGUAGCAGAUAGAGAAGGGACCAUCAGAUGUUUCAGUUAGUCAGAAAAGUUAGCUCUGAAUCUCUGCGAAUAGGCAAACUGGAUUUCGGCGACUGGCCCACUUCUCUAGAAGCUCUCCUAACCCUGUACAUAUAGCAGAACCUGCAUCUCCAUGUUCCUGCUGCUUGAUUUGCCCAAAUAGUCAAUUUAAGUCAUACUGAAGUUUGCAUAAAUGCAAUCUUCAUAGGUCCAAUUAAAGGACAACUGGGUAAUAUGUGUUUCGGGAUAGAAUAGAAAUCUAGCAUUAAAUUUCAGAAAGUGAUUCUGAUCUAUCCCCACUGCCUUGAACUAUUGUUGAAUUUUCUAAACAUGUCCACCAUUAUAUAGCAUGAAAGCUGGCCUGCAUGGAAUAAGGAAUCACUCUUAGAGGGAGCAAAACAUUCCAUUGUUUUUAAUGCUCAGUAUAAUUUCAAUAUAAAGCACUAAUAUAUUUGAAAACUAAUUUGAAACAUCAUAUUAACCUUUUUAAAAUUGUGAUUAAAGAGGAAAAAAAA